CUUUUCUCUCGCUCAUUCCUCUUCUUCUUCUUUUUUUGUUUUCUUCCUGUAUACCCCCCCCCUAUCCGCUCACUUAUUCCUUCCUAAUACUUAAUAAUUAACUACUUCAGUCCCCUCAAGCACAGUUUCACCCAUUCAUUCACUCGUGACGCCGUAAAAGAAAAAUAAUGCGUUUCCAUCUCGUUGCUGCAGCCCUUGCAGCCCUAGCCGCCACCUCCUCUCAUGCCGCCGACGACACCACCACCACUCUUCCUGAAAAUCCUUACAUCACCUUGCAAGUCCAGGACGCCAGUAAUUUCUGUACCUUUUUGCCUCCUGCAGACUCCGAGAACCGUAACAUUGCUGAUACCGAGUAUAUCGCCAACGUAUUUUGUUUGGGCAACAAUCCCCUGGCAAAGUCUGCUGGCCAAAUGGCCGAUGGAUUUAUUCAGUCGGCACACUAUCUUGCUACCGAUGACUAUGUACAAGUUACCGGCCAGAUCGACCCAGCAAAGGCUAACCUCAAUGUUACCGAUGAAGGUGGUCAGUAUGACAUUGUGAUGCCCAAAGGAGCCGUUUGCGCCGGUAAUUGGAAGCAUUUUGUCAACCUGAUUGAACCUGCUGGUCGUACUUAUUGUAUUCGCUGCUGUCACAGCAAGGUGGAUUGCAAUCGUGGCAUCUCUGAGAAGGGAUGUGCACACAUUAUCCCUGGCGAUUACAGUGGUCCCGAGAACGGUAUUGCAGUUACCACUUCGAACCCGUCCUCGGCAGCUCCUCAGUCGUCGAUCCCUGCCACGGCCGCCGUUUCAUCGCCUGCAUCUGCUGCUUCGGCAUCUCCUGCAGCAAGCUCUUCGUCGGGCAACAGCAACGAUGAAUCUGUUUCUGCGCAAUCUGUUGAUGAAGAUAAAGAAAGCAGCAGUGCUUUAACUCGCCCAGCUAUCGCCACUGGUGUUGUUGGUCUCAUUCUAUCUGCUGUUGUCUUGCUUUAAUGUAUUGACGCUUUUAUCUAUUAUAAUUAUCGUAAAAAUUUAUAUUAUAAACAUGUUGUAUAUUAUACGUAUAUACAGAGAAAAAUUAUCAUAUCCAGUAUCUGUUUUCUCUGGCACAGACCCAUGAUCGUCCUUUUUCUUUAUGAAAAGACAACGCAAGCAAGACCAAGCUGAUCUUUGUGUCACUUGUCUUAAUAAGGAUCCCGUAAGAGGCAAAUUUUCUGUGUAUAUCCAGCUUAGAAUGUCAG